AUGCCUAAUCUCUCAAAGCAAACACAGGUCUUGAUGGCCCCUCUUAAACUCUACAGAGAGAUUUUACGCUCUCACCGCUCGUUGCCAGCUGCCAUGCGUUCAUUAGGCGAUGAUUACGUGAAAGCCGAGUUCAAGAGACAUAAAGAUAUCGAAAAUCCUGCACAUAUCGUAGGUUUCGUCUCUCAGUGGCAAUCAUACUUGGACAUGAUGCAAUCACAAACUAAACCACUUCCCGAAGAUUCAGUUGCACCUUCUCACGAUCCUCUUGUCAGAAGCUUUAACAACCCUAUUGAAGGCUGGGGUAAAAAAAUGGACGAAGGAUUAUUGGAUAAGAUGAGUGAUGAACAAUUGGGACAAUUGUAUGAAUUAAGAUCAGAAGUUAAAAAGUCUUUGGGUGAAAAGGUUGAAUAA